ACACUCUCUUAGUGAGUUCAAUACCAUCUGGCAUCUUACCAAAUCUGUGCCGAUUUCUUCCACUCUGGUUCUUUCUCUCAUUUCUUCCUUCAUUGGAAAUCAUUCGAGUUGGGGCACAUUCAUGGCAAAUCUCUCUGUUCUUAUAGGAACAAGAUUUCUCACUUCGCCAUAUCAUGUCGCCAAGUCGGCCAGGGUUACAAUGUACGUUCCGUCGCAGGGAAAACUAAUAGAGGAGAAAACGAAAGAAACUACAAACGGGGAGUUUCUUCCUGUUAUCCUUGAUGUUGGAACAAACAAUCAGAAACUUCUUGAAGACCAUCUUUCUCACAAGUCACAACCAGAGCUAGGCUGAAGUAUGUGAUGUUCAAUCCAAUCAUAUCCAUCAUUAACAAAACUUCCACGAGGAAGGCAAGGAAGAGAUGUUAUUUUGAUGAUGGAGCAAAGCUUUCGGAGAUUGUAAACAAUUCCAGUUUACGAGUUUAACUUGCACUCUUCAUCAAGUCUAGUGUAUGGUUGAGUGGGUGGAAUUACUUUUAUAUCCUUCUUUUAUAGAGUCAGUAUCUUGGAUACAUAUUCGGUCCCGACUAAAGUUGAACGAACAACUUUGAUUUCUUAUGUUUGAUUUCAAUUAUUUGUCAAAGAUGUACGCGUGUACUUUAAGAGCUAAUUGUAUUUUUAACUAUCAAUCUUAUAAUUCAAUUGAAC